GCUGGAAGACGGACGUGGGCUCUGUCCAAUGGACAGCUCCGCUCUUCGAGGGCGGGACGGCGCGGAACCUGCCUAGCUGGUGCUGGAGGCGCGUGGCACAGGUGUACGAGAGUGGGCCUGCAGGCUCUUCCUUCCUGCCAUUGGUUGGCCUGUGCUGUCUCUUCCAGGAUGGUAAAACACAAGAGGAAAGGUCCUGAAGACUCAGGGAAGAAGAGUAAAAAGCAGAAGGCAACUCCGGCAGAAGAGACGCCGAGUGCACCUGAAGCCAAGCCCUGCAAAGAGGCAGCCGGCCCCGAGGUGCGGGAGGCCAGCCCUGAGCUGUCCCCAGAGGAGAGGAGGGUCGUGGAGAGGAAGCUGAAGAAGGAGCGGAAGAAGGAAGAGAAGAAGCGGCUGCGAGAGGCAGGCAUUGCUGGGGCGCAGACAGCCAGGGUGCAGACCCCGCCAGCCAGCCCCUCGGCUGCCGUUCUGGCCCUGGAGUACCUCCAAGGGUGGGCCUGGAAGCAGGAGAGCUGGAGAUUCCAGAAGAAGAGGCAGACGUGGCUCCUGCUGCACAUGUAUGACGAGGACAAGGUCCCUGACGAGCACUUUCCUACCCUGCUGAGCUACCUCGAGGGUUUGAAGGGCAGUGCCCGAGAGCUGACGAUCCAGAAGGCUGAGGCUCUGAUGCAGGAGAUGGAUGAGGCCGGAGACCCGCCGCUGGGGAAGGUGCAGCGCCUCCGGCAGGUGCUGCAGCUGCUCUCCUAACCUUGGGCCCUGAGGACGCCCUGGCCACCUCCUCCCACCACUGUGGGAGCAAGCAGGCCUCCAGCAGCUCAUCCGGCUCGGCUCGAGGACUUCCUCCUAAGUUCUGGGAAGAGCCCUCCAUCCCCCUCCCUACAAGCCGAUGCCUUAGACUUGAACGUGGGCUCCCUGACUCCGAGGUGCCGCUGCACGCCUGCGGCCCCAGCGUGGCUGUGAACAGACUUUGUUUUCCCACCAGGUAUAUCUUAGAGACUGGCCCACGCUGGCUUUCUCCGUCAACCGGACUCCCUGCUGUUGGGGCGGUGGUCUCCUACGUACUCAGUCAGGGCCUCUGCAGUGCAGCCUGGACAUAACUCACCUGUCUGCGGGGAGACACGCUAGGGGCCUGUAGGGAGGACCCUGGGCCCUUGCGGCCACCCACAAGCUACCAGAGGCUGCUGCUCUGCGAUCCUCCUCAGGUCAGCAGCCUUCAUUUCUCACUGAAUGUCUCAGCCAGCCUGUUGGCAACAGAAUGACCUCACAUUUGUGUCUGGACCGGUGUCGCCAUCAGAACACAUACCCCACUCCCAGUGGGGGACUUUCCCUUCAGACCAUGGAGUCGCCCAUAGGAGCCACAUAGGGAGGGCACAGACAGCCACGGGGGAUGGGCGACACGAGUCUAGCUCAGUGAGCAGUGGGUUCCCUGCGGUCCUCGAGGGAGCCAUGCAGUGUCCGCCUUCUGGGUCCUGUUCUCCAGCCCAAAGCUUCUGGAACUCACGCACACGCCCUUUGCACCAAAGUGUCCCCUGGCUAUAGAGGUAUAUAAAAGAGGUUUACAGAUAAACAUAUACUAGAUCAUGAGAAGUUUAUUUUAAAACAAUUCUGAAUACACAUAAUUUGCCAUUUAUUAAAGAUGAAAGCACA